CAAGCACCCAUCAGCGGCCUGUGCCUGCUGCAAGGACACAGGUCGCGCCCCAGCGGCAGCAGCAGCAGCGGUGGCAGCAGCAGCGGCGGCGAUGGCGGCGCCUGAGGAGCAGAUGGCGGCGCUGUCGGUGGGCGAUGGGGCGCCGCCGGCGGAGGGCGGCAAGCCCAAGAAGGAGAAGAAGCCCAAGCAGCCCAAGCCUGACAAGCCCAAGCAGGGCGAGGGCAAAAACGAGAAGAAGAAGGAGACCAAGCUGGGGCUGACCGCCAAGAAGGACGGCGACUUUGGGGAGUGGUUCUCACAGGUGGUGGUGGAGAGCGAGAUGAUAUCCUAUUAUGACGUGUCGGGCUGCUACAUCCUGCGCCCCUACUCCUUUGCCAUCUGGGAUGAAAUCAAGAACUGGUUUGACGCUCGCAUCAAGGAGCUGGGGGUGCAGAACGCCUACUUCCCGCUGUUCAUCACUGAGGAUGUGCUGAUGACUGAGAAGGAGCACGUGGAGGGCUUUGCCCCCGAGGUGGCCUGGGUGACGCGCAGCGGCAGCAGCGAGCUGGAGCGCCCCAUCGCCAUCCGCCCCACCUCGGAGACGGUGAUGUACCCGUACUACGCGCAGUGGAUCCGUAGCCACCGCGACCUCCCGCUGCGCCUCAACCAGUGGACCAACGUGGUGCGGUGGGAAUUCAAGCACCCCACCCCCUUCAUCCGGUCUCGUGAGUUCCUGUGGCAGGAGGGCCACACCUGCUUUGCCACCAAGGAGGAGGCAGACACGGAGGUGUACCAGAUCCUGGACCUGUACCGCCGGGUGUACGAGGAGCUGCUGGCUGUGCCCGUCAUGAAGGGCGUGAAGAGCAGCAAGGAGAAGUUUGCGGGGGCGCUGUACACGACGACGGUGGAGGCCUUCAUCCCUCAGAACGGGCGCGGCAUCCAGGGCGCCACCUCGCACUGCCUGGGACAGAACUUCUCCAAGUGA